AUGAAUAGUGCGACGAAGCGUGCUUUGACCCGACAUGUUCGGACAUAUCAGUGUCGAAACCUACGGAUCGGGUCGCACCGAUGCUCCUCAACAUUUGAUCAAAGGCAGUGGUCUACACCGCUCGCGAAAACGCUAGCGAAUGCGAUUAAGGUCACAGGGCCUAUCCCUAUCGCGGCCUUUAUGCGCCAAGUUCUCACAUCUCCAGAGGGUGGCUAUUACACGACUCGACCUGAGGGCGGCGGCGAAGUCUUUGGAAAGAAGGGAGAUUUCGUAACCUCGCCUGAAAUCUCACAAGUCUUCGGGGAGUUGGUGGGUAUAUGGACGAUCACAGAAUGGAUGGCCCAAGGACGGAAACGCAGCGGGGUGCAGCUCAUAGAGGUCGGGCCGGGAAAGGGAACACUGAUGGACGACAUGUUACGUACGUUCAGGAACUUCAAGAGCUUCGCGUCGAGUCUCGAAGCUAUCUAUCUGGUUGAAGCUAGUCCGACGUUGAGAGAGGUCCAGAAACAGCGUCUUUGCGGUGAUGCGGCUAUGGAGGAGACGGAUAUCGGUCACAAGAGUACCAGCAAGUAUUUCAAUGUUCCGGUGAUCUGGGUAGAGGAUAUCCGAUUACUGCCUCAUGAGGAAGACAAAACGCCAUUCAUCUUUGCCCACGAAUUCUUCGAUGCACUUCCAAUCCACGCUUUCGAGUCCAUCCCCCCGGCGCCUGAGAACCAGUCCGAACAGAGCGAGAUUAUGACUCCUACUGGCCCUGCGAAGCUGCACCAACCCAUGAAACCCGCUAAUACUCCCCAGUGGCGCGAGAUCAUGGUUACAUUGAAUCCCAAAGCAGUCGAAGAGAAUCUCGAAGGCGAGCCCGAAUUCAAGCUGACACUAGCCAAGGCAUCGACUCCGUCUUCUCUCGUGAUCCCGGAGAUCUCAGAGCGGUACCGAAAGCUCAAGUCUAAGCCAGGUUCUACGAUCGAAGUCAGCCCGGAAAGCCGCAUAUAUGCGUCCGACUUUGCUCGCCGCAUUGGGGGUUCGACACAGGCGCCUCGGACUGCGGGCUCGCAGAAUGCGGCCGCCGCGCAGCCGAAGCGGGUACCAUCUGGAGCAGCGCUGAUCAUGGAUUACGGAACGAUGUCGACCAUCCCUAUCAAUUCGCUCCGCGGGAUCCAGCAUCAUCGGAAUGUGCCAGCACUCUCAGCGCCAGGCCAAGUCGACGUGAGUGCUGAUGUUGAUUUCAUGGCUCUUGCGGAGGCGGCCAUUGAAGCUAGUGAGGGUGUUGAGGUUCACGGACCGGUAGAGCAAGGAGAUUUCCUGCAGGUCAUGGGCAUCGCAGAGCGGAUGCAGCAACUGCUCAAGGGAGUCCAGGAUGAAGAGAAGCGCAAGACGCUCGAAAGUGGGUGGAAGAGAUUGGUCGAGAGGGGCGGGGGCGGCAUGGGAAAGCUCUACAAGUUCAUGGCCAUCAUUCCGGAGAAUGGUGGGAGAAGGAGACCCGUUGGAUUCGGUGGGACUGUUCAGAUGUAA